UUAAGUCAUUACAGCUGAUCUGAAUAAGCACGUUUUUGAUCUAUAUGAAGAAUAACAACAACAACACAGGUGAAAGAAUUGCUGUUUUGACAUCACACUUCACUCAUUCAACUUCAAUGGCUUCUGAGAAAGAAGCUGCCCUUGCUACCAUUCCUCCUGAUUCCGAUUCUCCCACCAUAUUUGACAAGAUCAUCAACAAAGAGAUUCCUUCUACGGUUGUUUAUGAGGAUGAUAAGGUGCUCGCCUUUAGGGACAUAAAUCCUCAAGCUCCCGUGCACAUUCUAGUCAUUCCUAAAGUCAGAGACGGCUUGACUGGUAUCUCCAAGGCUGAGGAGAGGCACUUCGACAUUCUUGGCCGACUUCUCUACACUGCAAAGCUGGUUGCGAAGCAAGAGGGUCUUGCCGAAGGCUACCGGGUUGUAAUUAACGACGGGCCACAAGGAUGCCAAUCGGUUUACCACAUUCAUGUGCACGUCAUUGGAGGUCGCCAGUUGAACUGGCCACCGGGCUAAAAUGUAGGAAACGAUUUGCGGCCAGCCGUCAGGAAUCGUAGGGCAAAUAAUACUCUGGUGGUUGUGCUGUGUUUCAACAAUGGUUUAAGUAACUAAUAAUUUGAUACAUGGUAUUUGAAGCUACUAAGAUUAUUACUAUUGAAUGUGUCUAAACUGUUGUUGAAUUUAGGUUAAAGUAAGUUUCAAAGUUGUUUUUAGAGACUCUGAUUGCUGUUGGUUGGUUAUUAAAUGGCUCAUUUGUUA